AUGGGUGCAGUACCACAGGAGCCACCGCUCUUUGCGUGCUCUAUUCGGGACAACAUUGCGUACGGCUGUUCGGAAGGACGCGACGCGACGCUGGAGGACGUUAUCCACGCAGCAAAAGUUGCCAACGCGCACGACUUCAUCAUGUCGUUCCCGGACGGCUACGACACGAUCGUUGGAGAGCGAGGCCAGGCGCUUUCAGGCGGCCAGAAGCAGCGCGUGGCUAUCGCUCGUGCACUUGUGAAGCGUCCUAAGAUUUUGAUUCUAGACGAAGCGACGUCAGCUCUGGACCCGGAGAGCGAGCGACUCGUACAAGACGCUGUGGACCGCGCCAAACAAGGACGCACCGUAAUCCUAGUGGCUCACCGACUGUCUACCAUUAAGAGCGCCGACCGUAUUGCUGUCAUUUCCAACGGACGCGUGGUGGAGCAAGGCACUUACAACGAACUGGCUGCUCGCGAGGACAGUACGUUCACACAAGUGGUUCUGAACGGACAGAGCUAA